UGUGAAAUAACAUUUUCUUUCUGUUGUUUCAGGCUGAAGUCGGUCUGUGCUCAGUGUCCUCUGUGAGGACUCAAAACUCUACAGUUGCUGUUCUAAACAAUAAAUUAGAGUUUCGUCGGAGGAAUCUCAGAGCCGGCCCGAAGCAUGAGGGAACAUCUGAUGAAAAUACUGAUCAUUGGAGACGGAAAUGUUGGAAAAUCUUCGUUUGUUAAUCGUUACGUCAACGGGCAGUUCAGCGGAAACUACAAGAUGACAGUAGGAGUGGACUUUUCAUUGAAGAUCUUGCAGUGGUCAGAAAGCGAGAAGGUCAGAUUACAGCUCUGGGACAUAGCAGGUCAGGAGCGGUUCAUCUCGAUGACUCGUAUUUAUUACCGCGGCGCUGUGGGCUGUGUGCUCAUAUUCGACGUGAGCGACUCUUCUAGUUUCCUGAGCUGUCGACUCUGGAAACAAGACCUGGACCUGAAGACCAGACUCCCCAACGGACAGACCCUCCCCUGCAUUCUGCUGGCAAACAAGGAAGAUUUCCUAACCUAUGGCGUCUCACCCCUCACUCUAUGGCUUGUGCCCAGUUAG